UCAGUCGACGUUUGUGAGAUCUCAGUCACUUGAAACUUUCCGACAAGAUGCAUCUGUUAAAACUUUUCGGGUUUUUGAGCUUAUUUUUUUACAGUUGUGAGUGUUACAAAUUUUUAGCUCUCUUCCAAACGUCCACUAAAAGUCACUACAUACUCGCCUCAAAACUGUUCAAAGAGAUUGCAAAGAAGGGACACGAAGUUACGUUUAUUACCCCGUUUGAGGAACAAACGCCUACAAAAAAUCUAAAUGUUGUGCCGGUCAAAACCUUGCAAACAUUUUUCUGCACACGUCGAAACUCGAUGUUUGAAUUCGAGAGUGCAAAUCCGCUGGAGAAAGCCAAAUUUCUUUUCGAGAUAAGUUACAACUUUACCGAGCACUUAAUCCAGAGCACGGAGGUCCAGACUUUGCUAAAAUCGGACGAAAAAUUCGACGGCGUGAUUAUUUAUCAAUACCUGAAUGAGGCCCUUCUCGGAGUCGCUCACCAUUUCAAAGCGCCGGUGAUUCUAUUCUCUUCAAUGCCACUCUACGCCCCUGAAAGUUUCCUCCUGUCGCACCCCAAUCCUCCCUCUUAUGUCCCCAACAUCCUGGUUGAGUACACCGGUCGUAUGAAUUUCUGGCAACGGCUGAGGAACACUUUCUACGACACGUCGAUGAUCGCGUAUUACCUGUGGAAUUACCUGCCGAAACACCGGGAACUCGUCCGAAAAUAUGUGCCAGGAGGGCCAGACCUCUACGAUUUCGUUAACAACGCUAGUCUUAUUUUAAUCAAUUCGCACGUCAGUGCUAACGAGGCCGUUCCUUUGGUCCCAAACGCGGUCGAAAUCGGGGGCUACCACAUCGAAGAACCCAAAGCGCUACCUCAGGACUUGCAAAAAUUCUUAGACGACUCCAAAAACGGUGUCAUACUUUUUUCGAUGGGCUCGAUUGUGCAAAGUACGCACUUUCCCGAAGAGAAACGCAGGGAGCUUUUUAAAACUUUCGCCAAAUUGAAGGAAAAUGUUUUGUGGAAAUGGGAAGGAGACGAUUUUCCCGGAUUGCCGAAGAAUGUUAAAGUGAUGAAGUGGAUCCCGCAAUCGGACGUCCUCGCCCACCCUAACGUCCGAGCUUUUAUCAGCCAUGGAGGUUUGUUGAGUACCAUGGAAAGUGUGUACCAUGCUGUCCCAAUUGUGGGAAUUCCCGUAAUGGCAGACCAGAAAAUGAACAUAGAGCUGGCCGUUUCGUACGGUUAUGCUGUCGCAGUCCCUUAUCCGGAAUUAAGAGAGGAAACUUUGACGAAAGCUCUGGAUAAAGUAUUAAACGAUCCGACGUACCGCAAUAACAUUAAAAAAAGAUCACUUAUAAUGAAAGAUCGGCCGAUUAAACCUUUGGAUAACGCUCUUUACUGGAUUGAAUACGUUAUCCGGCACGAGGGCGCGCCACAUCUCAGAUACCCCGGAAUGGAUUUAACGUGGUAUCAAAGAAAUCUGCUCGAUGUUGCGGGAUUUGUUCUUCUUGUGAUAUUUUCUCUAGUCUUUGUUAUUGUAAAUAUAUGCAAAUUAUUGUUUAGGGGAAAAUCCAAAGCCAAAGUCGUUAGCAAAAAGAAGAAAAAUAACUAAUUGUGUACAAAUAUCAAUAAAGGAUUGGAAACGAAA